AUGGAAGACCAGGAAGUUAAAAGUCUUCCUAGGCAGCCUCCAGCCAUUUUUAAAAAACGCAACGCUGCUGGAAAGGCGAAGUUCCGAAAGCGCGCUGUCAGUCAACCACCAUCGAGCAGUAAUUCUGACGAUUCAUCUUCUGAAGAUGAAGCUGGAAAAAAAAUUAAACGACGUAAGCACAUUUCCAGCAGCAUAACUGCAUCCUCUGGAGCGAUCGUCUACUCUACGCCAGACCUUGAACCAACCCGAUUCAAUGCGGACCGAAGCACUACUAUCAAGAGCUCGAAUGACGCGACCAAAUCCAGUAAUUGGUAUGAACAAAACAAGAACGAUGCAGUAUCUUCCAAGAGAACUUUGGUGCCCGCGGAAACUGCCCCUGCACAUCAACUAGAUGGGAAUUAUACUGGACUUGCAAAUACAAAGACCUUCAUUGCGAAAAAUCCAAAUGCCCCAAAUCGGGUAGUUGGACCCGUCAAGGCUCCCACAAAUCUUCGUACAAUCACUGUUACUGACUUUGCACCUGAUGUGUGCAAGGAUUACAAACAGACUGGUUUCUGCGGUUUCGGUGACAGCUGCAAAUAUCUCCAUGCUCGAGAAGAUUAUAAGCAUGGAUGGCAGCUAGACAAGGAGUGGGAAAAUGUCACGAAAGGCAAAAAGAUAGUCGGCGGGACUAAAGUGGCCAGUGCAGAUCGUAAAGUGGAAGAGAAUGAUUCAGAUGAUGAUACUAGCCUAGAGAAUAUACCUUUUGCCUGUAUCAUAUGCAAAAAAAGUUACCAGAAUCCAAUUAUUACGAAAUGUGGUCACUAUUUCUGCGAGAAUUGCGCCCUGAAAAAGUUCAAAAAGACUUCCAGCUGUGCGGCAUGUGGUGCUGGUACUGGUGGAGUCUUUAAUGUCGCCAAAGGUCUGAAAAAGUUACUCGAGAAAAAAAGAGAAAGAGUCCAAAGAAAUAAACAAAAAGCGCUGGAAGCUGGUGAAGAAGUCAGUGAAGAGGAAGAUCCAGAAUCUUGA